ACACGCACAUAAACCCAUCUAGCAAUCUAGCAAAGCAGGGAAAAUAUUUACUUUGCGCUUUCAACAAGCUAGCAAAGGCUAUUCAAACUUAUGCAAAUCCAAAUGUAUGUAAAUAUAUAACUAAUUCGCAGCGCUAAACUACAGUCCUGCUAGCUACACUUUAGCUAGCUAGCGUUGAGACGGUACUCGUCUAGAGAGUACAAACUACAGCUACUGUAGCUAAGACAAGCUACAGACAGUAGGCUACGCUAAGGAACCUGCUAGCUAGCUACAUCCAUAAACACGCAUGUUUAUCCACACAAAAUAAAUCAGCAACGUGACAAUGUUCAAGGCGAAAAUUAUUGUAAUUGGGCCGAGUGAGAGUGGAAAAACGGUAUUGUCCAACUUCCUUUCGGACACAGUGGAGACCAUUGGUGGAGAGUAUAAUCCCACUCAGGGGGUCAGGAUCCUGGAAUUUGAAUCACAAAAUGAAGGCAGUGACAAAUACUCCAGCUGUGAGGUGGAACUCUGGGACUGUGCUGGCGAUUUCAGGUUUGAAUCCUGCUGGCCAGCUUUGAUGAAAGACGCCAAUGGUGUGAUCAUCGUGUUUAAUCCAGAUGUGCCAAACCACUUAAAAGAGGUAGAGACAUGGUAUUCGAUGUUCAUUGCCUCUCAGGGGUUGCAGGACAACCAGUGUCUUCUGAUGGCUCACCACAAGCCUGGCAGUGGCGCAGAUAACAUACCACUAGCCUCAAAUUUAAACAGGAUAACACUCAUUCACUCUAACCUGGAAGAGGAGCCAGAGGACGUGAGGCAAGGCUUCCGAAAAUACUUAGAAGACGUCGUCCAUACGUUGUCAGAGAGCAGAGAACAAGAGGAGAUGUCAAUCAUUACCUAAUGUUGUGGCCAUAUAUGUAACACUGUAUGUAAGCCUCAAUUCUCCCAUUAGCUGGUCUUGGAAAUCUAAAGAAUUUCAAAACUAAUAACUACUAACAGGAUUGGCAUUGAUCAGUUGGGUAUUAGGUAAUUUUUGUACCUCUUUUUAGGGUGGAAUUUGCAACUUAAAAGCAAACAUGACAGUGAAUACACUACUUGUAUAAUGAAUAUGUUAAUUUAUUCUAAUAAAUUAUCAAAACAAAAUUACACAAAGCUGUACUUAAACAAUAGACAUUUAUUCAUUGAAUCCAUAGUUCGGAGCUGGAAGUUGAGAGCAUACAACACUCAGCAGAGCAAAAAGUGACAUGACAGUUCAUGAUUCAAACAUCGUAUCCAAUGAGACCUCCCUUCCCGAUGAUUUCUCCGAUGUAGAACCACAUCAGUACUUCAGUGGCAACCAGUCCAUU